AUGGAAGACAGCCGAACUGUAAAUGUUUCAGAUGAGCCAAAUGAUAAAGAAAGCGAACUAAAGAAGGAAAGACCUAAGAGCUUACAUUUGGAGAGCUCCAACUUUGACACCGACCAGCAACGAACUCCUGAGGACGAUACAGGAUCAGGAGAAACCACAAGGUUACAGAUCUUAACGAUUUGGGGUUUCAGUAGAUAUCAAAUUAGAAGUAGUUAUUGUUGCUUUGUUUAGAAAUAUAUUAUGUUACUUGACUGGUUUCUUUUUAUUGCCAAAGGAAAGCCAGGGAGUUUUCUUCAUCGCAAGAAGAUCUUCAGUCACGUAAUAACGGUGAAAGUCGAGAAAGGCAAGGAGUAGUUUGUUUUAGAUUUUCGUUCAUUUAGAUCAGCUUUCUGUUUCACCGGCAAAUUGGGACCUUUGGGAGACGAUAUUUUACUGAAGAUAUUUUAUUAGGUGAAAUAAUAUUUUAAAAAACUGACAAAUAAAUUUAUAUUCGGGGGGUCAUACUUAUAUGGCUUUUAUUUUACAAAAUUACGGAGACUAUGGAAUGCCAGAAUGGCGGCAUACCCUCCAACAAGACAAUGUCCUUUAAGGUACUUGCAUGAAAAUGUCGCGUAAUUACUUUCAACCCCAGCGCCGGCAAUUUAAAACUCAUAAACUACAUGUAAGCUUACUUUAUUAAUAGUAUGAUUCUUGUAUGGCUCAUUAAUUUUCUUCGCUCGCCUAUUUCUUUUAAGGAAUAUAUCUUGGAUUCUGUUGAAAAGAUAUUCUCAGGAUAUUCAAUAUUCUUGGCCAACAAUUUCAUUUUGUGGUCUGAAAAAUACCCCGGUAGUUACUUAAUUAUGUUGGUUUUCGUCCUAGGGGGUGGGUAGGUAGUACAGUGGCUUUAAAUUCCUUAAUAACCUGAAAAAAGAGAUGAGUUUUGUAGCUGGCAGUUGUGUUUCCUUUUUUUUUACUUAUACAUGUUUGCCUUAAAAGAUCAGGGUCCAAACGUAGAGGACAUAUAUAUUUUGGUGUAAGUAGAAAAUUACACUGUAUUCUUCGUUUUCACUGUCACACAAUAAACACGGCACCAAAAAAUAAAUUAGAAACUGUCUAGUGGAAGAAGCCAAAAAAAUGAAAUGUUAUAAAAGACUAAUAUAUACACAUUAUUGCCCAAAUCUCAGGUCUUUGAGGCCCAUAGUUUCUGAGUUAAUUGCCAAAACAUUUCACGCACUUUUGCAGAGCUUUGUAUGGAGACGCCAUAUUCUGUCCAUCAAUGUGGCCGCCUGAAAUCAACAAAAACAUCUGGAGUUCACUUUUUCCAUAAAAGCUCUUCCUUUUCACUCAAGAGCUAGCAUACGCUCGCAUAAACACAUCUUUUAAUACUUGAAAUGGUUAAACUGCUGAAAGAUCCUGAAAAUCAAGAGGAGAGAUGUUUUUCAAUGAGACAUCAAUUUCCUAUUUUGGUGUCACACCUGGGAAAACUCGCAAGUUCAAAUUGCUGUAUUUUCGAAAUGAAACAUCCUUCGGGGCUGGAAACUUGUACAAAGAUUUAUUUUCUUUUUAUCUUCAACCUAGGGUAAAUAAGAAUUCGUAAAACCUUGCUUUUUGACUUUGCAAUCUGAUGACGUCACCGUGAAAACCAUCAAUGCUGUCAUGAUUUUACAGUAGAUUAAACCAUUAAAUGCUAUGAUUUCCAGUCUUUGUGUAUUACUCUAACAAUUUGUUUGUAAACCAUGAGGCAUCCUUUCAUAAAUCCUGCUUGUUUUAUUUUUAGUCCUGAAGAUGUUGAUGAAAAUGGCCAAAGACCUUCCUCAAGAGGGUAACAGCUGAUUAACUUCUGGUUUUCUUUUACUGGUUGUUAGUACUUUGUUGAAAUGAGUACAGUCAUGACAGACACUUAGUCAAGUUGUUUCCUUUAGUUGGGUCAUGUAGCAGCUGCUCAGAAGAGAAGUCGAUCACCAAUAGUGUGUUUUCCUGACCCCAAAAAAUACUAAAACAAUUGGAAGAGUGACAUGUCAUUGUUUCCUGUGACCAAUAGCAAGAGACCUUUAAUGAGCAGCUCCUAUGAUACCCAUUUGUUUAUUCAUUUUUUCAGCCUGUGACUGCUGGACUCAAAACUCUAAGUUGCUGUCUAUUCAUGUCAGUGCCAACAGUGUCUGUCUUGUGCUUCAGAUAGUUUACUAUUAGAUGAACUAUUGUUAACAUCAUUGUUUACACUUUUGCUCAUUAGCAUAUGAAUUAACCCAUGGAAGACGUCACUGUACAUACAAAUUAGGUUCAGAACUUUAAAGAGCUCAUUAAUUUGAGCAUUUUGUGCAAUUUCCAGCUCUUAACAACUGAUAACAUAUGAAAUAGCAGCAAUAAAGAACUACGAUUCAAUUGCUGGGUGGCAAAAAUGUUAAAUUAAGCGAAUAAAUCCUUCAGGGUUUUCAUUUAGUGAUGGUAACUGGCUAAAAAAAAAAUGGCUACUUUGAGGUCUGAGCCAUCCCCUUUUAGGGGAAAAAGGGGUAAAGUGAGGGAGUGAAAGCUUUAAGUUGCCUACAGCACUCAAUUGCCAAGCUGCCAAUUUUUACAUCUUAGACGUCUAAUUUAAAACUUAAUGAGAACCCUUAUCCAUUGUAAAGUUUGGGGUUUUUCAAAGAGAAUUUCUCUGAAACUGUUCAGCAUAUUGGGCUCAAAUUUUCAGACAUAACUGAAGUAAUUGUGCUCAGUUUCAUUUUUCAGUGAUUUUAUUAUAUAAGCUACAUCCUUGAUAAUAAUAAGCACCCCAAAUACUUUUAGGAUGUAAUAGUUUGAAGACUAUGGGACUAUAAGUGUUUGUCUGAAGCAUGCUUUUGGCAAAGGCUGGCAGUGUCACCAUUAAACUCAUUAAUGUACCAGUCAUUUCCAAAACUGUCCAUCCCCCUUAACAUAUCCCAAGUAUAUGACUGGAUUUUUGCUCCAUAACACAAAAGAGGCCCCUCCUUUCGGACACUUAACUUUUGUGUCAAUACACUGGUCAGCGUCACAAGCAAAAUGAUUUUUUAAUUUUUUCCACAUUCAGCACAUGCACUGUGUUCAAGGAUCAUUGUUCCUCUAUUGACUGGUUUGCUGGAGCAUUUGAGAGCCUUUGAAAAGCCCAUUAAAUGUGGGCUUUCUGGAAUGAACAAUUUUAUUGAAAUGAGCUUAAAAACCUCCUAAGACACCUUUCCAAGACAUUAGAUACUGGGGUUGUGUUUUGUAGGAUAUUUUCAUUUGAAUAAACAGUUUGACAAAAGGGAAAAUUUUUGAAUAGUCGCUGGUGAGUUGGGGAUUCGGCACUUUUUGAAGUGCUAGGCAGUGGGGCAUUUGACCCUCUAAACUGCCAACAUACUGGGGAAUUUGACCAAAAUUUUUCAAAUAAGUGAAGUGCCUGGGGGUUUGCUCAGGAAGAGAGGACGUGGGUGGUUUUGGAAUUGACUGGUACAUAAGAAUGCUAGAGAAAGCCCUUUAAUCUUAACCUUAUAUAAUAAGUCAUAAUAAUUAUUAUUUGUUAUUAUAUUCUAAUCCAUUUACAUUUUAUCUCAUUUUAGUCACACUAUAGCAAACAGUUUAAAGUCCAAAAUAAGAGAUCUGAGUCCUUCAAGAAAGCUGGUAUCAAAUGUUAGUCCUGUUUCCAAGACAGCAGAGAGAAAAACCAGCAAGGCAAAAUCAAAACAACCUGUAAGUUACUUUAUUAUUAAAUCAAUUUUGUCAGCUCAAACACUGCAAUAAUAUGGCAAGUAUUAUUGACUGAGACUGAAUAUGAUUCAAUGAAUUAAGCAGAGGGUGUUACUUGUGGGUAUAACCUCUUCUCAAGAUCUGCAUAACUUUUCAUGUCAUACAUUAAAGCUGAAUUCAAAUAAUUGUGCUCAGAAUUAAUUCUUACAGACAUCCUUAGGUCCAUGUAGACUUCCUUUGGAACAUUUUCCUGUUCCUCUUAUUUUUUUCUUGCAGUUACAGUAUCCCUCAAAAAGCAGUUCAUGUUUCUUGAGUAAUAUUUUUGCUCAAUGUUGCCUUCUUUGUAUAGCUUUUGAACUCUUUUGCCUUUUUUCUUGAGUUCUUCACUCAUACAUGUAUAUCAAAACAGUAAAGCUUCUUAGUUUUUGUCUGGCAGGACUUUAAUCAUAGUUGAUUUGCAAUACAAUAAUUAUCAGUAGCUUCCUCGUGACUGACAUCAAUGAUGGUUCAUGUAUAAUCUACUAAGCAUCUUCCAAAUUUAGUCAGCAUCUGUUGCAAAAUAAAUAAUUAAGUAACGUUACAAAGGAAUGAAGUGUCUGAUGCAAGAUUGAAAAAAGUUUACAAUUUAUAAAUCAAUUUCAUUGUCUCGAAUACAGUGUUAACAAUGUUGAUGAUACUUAGUCGGGUUGUCACUAAGAUUUCAAGUUGCUAUGGGCAAAUACCGCAAGAAGAGGGGGGGGGGGAAAUCAAACAGCUUGUUCUAGGGGUUUCUUUUGGUUCUACUUUUCUUCCUUUUUCCUUUGAACAUAUCGUGGGGCCACAUUCGUUGUAGCUGGGGAAAUCCCUGGCCCCCUCCUUUUAAUGACAGCUCUUCUGUUAGUGUCUAGAAAACUCUCUACAUUUCUUUGUCUAAAUUGCUCAUUAUCUCUAAGGGACAGCUCAUUAUGACUCCUACCUUUCUAUUAUUGGACACAGUGGUGGAUGAACAGUGACCAUGGGUCCAGGGACUAUCCCAAUGGACUACACCAAUAUGGGUUCCAACAAUGCUUUAGAUCGAAACGCACCAACCAUAAGCAGGGUUCUUGAUACACUAAUCACUAACAACCGUGGUGUUAUAAAUAAUAGUUCUACUCAGUAAAUUGCCACUGUCGCCUGAUGAAGACCUGCAGUACACGGUCAAAAUGUCACAAUCAAUAUCUAUGUGAAAAUUGUGAGACAAACGAUUAACGAAACCCUUUACAGACUAUAAUGGUACGUACAUGGAGUAACUACCAGUAAUAUUAAUCAAAAGGUAGUCCAUGUAGGUAGUCCAGCUGGGUAUUGUAGUCCCUGCAUGGACUGGGUCAGUGUUUUGUCCACCAUUGUCAGUCAUCUGUGACCAGAGCACAAUAUUCCUAACUGAAUCAAACGUUUUUGUUCUGCACCCAUCUUAAACAAACACUAAAAGAUUUACACUAGAAAUUCUGUAUGUGUGUAUUAGAUUGCACGUGUUAAUAAAUUUGUGAAAAAAAUGCUAUAAUUUCUUUUAAUAUUUAGAAAUCACCUGCAAAUUGGCUUCCUGCUUCAUUUAACCAGGUAAGAACGGUUAUUAGGUAAAACGAUAAAAGGUAAUGCCAUCUUAUUGCUAAUAAUUAUAUGAAUAAUACAGCUUGACUUUCUAACCCAAAUUACAGGAUGUUGACCAAAGGGGCAAGCAGGAUUAAGGAGAAUUGACAUUUUUGGUUAAAUUUAGCUUUCAUGGUCAAAAUAAUAAAGUGAUUUUGAUCACUCUGAAACUGUGAAACAGUAUCUUGCACUUAGUAAACAAAAGAAAAGUAAAAACAGAAAAAUUUAAGUAUAAUACUGUGCUGUAUUAAUCAAGUAAAAUCUCCCCAUAACAUUUUAUUUUUUCCCUUAGAUCUUUUCAAAUUAUAAGACAAAGUGUGGAGACUUCAGAAGACUAUUUAAAGAUCUGCCUGACACUGAGCAACUUAUAGUUGGUGAGGGAGUUAAUUUUAUAUUUGAUUGUUUGCACAUGCAUUGUAAGCAAGUAUUAAAUCAAAUAAUGCAUCCUUUUUAGUUAACCCAUUCGCUCCUGGAGAUUUUGCCCAAAAACGCGUUUUGAGGCUAGUCGAGUGGUUUUCUGGUCACUGUCGUGCUAUAAAGAGCUAAAACUUACCACAAACCGGUUUACAGGUUGUACACUUGGCGGCCUUCUGAUCCAGAUGCAAAAUAUCAGCUUGCGAAGUUCGGGCAUGCGCAGAAAGCAAAAUUUCGAGUUUAGUGACACAGCAGUCUUGACUUUUACUUUUCGCUUUCUCUCCUCCCUUCUUUUUUCGCUUUUCUUGCCUCAUUUUUUUUUUCUCUUGCUGGGCAUUUAGUAGGCUUCAUUUUGGUGGGAAGAGUUUUUAGGAAAGCUUUUAGGAUCUUAAGAUUAGGUGAAAGGAAAGGUAGGUGGGUAAUGGAACAAGAUUUUCAUGGAGAUUUUCAGGUCCUUGUCACGUGGUUUUUUGCUUCUUUCUCCGGUGUCCUUGACUGAAUUGUACUCAUUCUGGUAUGGUUUGAAAGAUCUCUUCACUCUGCACAAGUUAGCGAAGAAAGUUGUCCUUGACCGUUAAAACUGAUGACGUCACAAAGGGUAGAAAGGACCUGGAUCCGCACGGGCGGUUACGGGCGGUUCAGGGGCGAAUGGGUUAAUUCGAUAAAAAUAAACAGGGUAAAAUAUUGCCCGUAUAUUAUAUUAAAACAAAGCAGUUUUAGAGUUAUUUUUUAAAAUUGUCAACAAACCAAUUUAACUUUUAGCAAGGAAAUGCCUGCAGUUUAGUGGUGGCUGUUGAGGACAAAGAGAGGAAAUCAAUUUACUUCUUCCAUUUAACUUCUCAAACUAAUCAAUAAUUCAUAGACAAAAUGCAAAGGAAAUUAAUUGUUUAAUUAGUGGUUGGACCAAAGUGUACUCCUUUUGACAGCUUUAAUUUCUUCUAAAAUCACCUUGUGUUAGAAGUCAUAUGAAACACUUGACAUAGUGUUUUGACACCACACAUUCAAACACCUCAAAGUUAUCAAAAAUACUCCACUGUGCGUCAAUCUUUUUCUCGGUGUUUGAUUAUCUUGUGAUGAAACACUGUUUCUCAUGUUCGAUUUUUUACGAGACGUAAAAGUAUGGACUUUUUCAGUUUUUAGUUUUAACUGUCCCCUCCUUGAUAACAGUGAACAAGAGCUCCUGCAAAGUUCUGUUGGACCACAGCUGGUGAAAAAUUUGACACAAGUCUGUUUCUGACUGUUGGCCGAAUAUUGGCCAGCUGUCAGGCAACUGUGGGGUGAGUGUCUGCCAAAUGUUGUCCGACAGUCAGCCAACAGUUUUCUUGGGAACCUGUACCAAAGAUAACGUAAAACAAUAAUAUUAUUAAUGUUUGAUCAGUAGCCUUGGGUUGACAUUUUUAUUAUCAAUGUUUUCAUGUCUCAAUUUCUUACAGAUUACUCAUGUGCUUUGCAGCGAGAUAUCUUAGUUCAUGGCCGACUUUAUGUAUCUCAAAACUGGCUAUGUUUCUAUGCUAACAUAUUUGGCUGGGAAACAUUUGUGAGUAUUACUCUCUUUCCUUUAUUCAGGUGUGACUUAAGUAGAAUAAAUGACUGUAUGGAGAACUUUAAAGAAACUAACUUGAGUUAACUAAGUUACCUGUUCUCUUUUGGAGUAGACCCUACAGGCUGUUUACUGGCUGGGCAUUAGAAAAUAUCAGCAAAUGUAAUAAUCUACAUUUACUGAUAUUCUGAUAUAAUCAAUACUUAAUAAAACCAUAAUAAUUUAUACAAACGUAUCAGUAUUUCAAUUUAUGUUUUUAUUUUCAAAAUAUAGUGUUGUACGUAAUCAUAAAUGAACAUUUAUUAUCCCAUUGACAAUUACCUUUUAAGUUGUUUAAAUACAAGGCAAUGAUUUGCUAGGGAAAAUCAGGUAAACCCACACUUGUAGUUUUAAUAAAUUUGAAUGUUUGAACCUUCUGUAGGUUAUGUUAAGAAUCCAAAACUUUGUCUAAAAUUUAAAAAUUAUUUAUUUAUUAUCUAAUAAACUACUUUAGGUCACAAUUAAAUGCACUGACGUCAAUAGUAUAAGGAAAGAAAAGACUGCCCUGGUUAUACCCAAUGCUGUACAAGUGUGUACAGAGACUGAAAAGGUAGGUUAAUUUAGUACAAAUAACUUUAACAUUAUUCCUCACAAAGCAAGAGUAAUGGCCUGGACAUGGCCGUCAUGCAGGUUCCCCUGUUGUUUGUUUGUUUGUUUUUUGUCUGUUUUUCUUUUACUUCCUAAUUGUCCCUUUAACCUGAGACUUUGUGUGGCUACUAUAUUAAAUUAUUGUUUAGGACUGUGAUGUAAUGUAUACAGGGUUGUCACUAAGAUUUCAAGUUGCCAGGUAAAUACAACAAGUAGGUGGAGAAUCAAGCAGCUAGGGAUUUCCUUAGGUUCUAUUUUUCUUCGUUUUUUCAAUGAAAAUAGCGGGGGGGAAACCCUGGCCUUCGGCUAUUAAUGACAGCCUUCUGUGUAUGAGAAAUGCAUAUCAUCUACCUGACUGUGUUCUUGGGUUGAGUUACUUAUAAUCAAUUACAUAAACUAUUUCAACUUUUUCUGCUGCUGGAAGCAGCUUUGUGUUGUACUGAAGUCUACCCCUCUGCACCCUUCCCUGCCCCCAAACUGAUGUAUUACAAUGAAAGGACUUAAGGACUUGCCUGUCUCUCCCCUUAAGUAAUAUGUGCAGCAUUAAUAAUAUACUGUAGUACCGUUGAAAUUUAUAUCAUAAUAUCAGACAAUUCAAUGUUACUGAACUAAAUGGCAUUUUUGUUAUUUCAAUCAUAGUACUUUUUUGCUUCAUUCAUAUCAAGAGACACUACAUACACAGUUCUUUUCAGGAUUUGGCAAAAUGCAUUAUUAGACCAGGUACACUUAUACGUUUACAGGGCUGUGCUCUAGCAGAGUUCGGUGGCCCUUGGUGCCCAACUUAAAUUGCUCUAGCUUGGGUGACUAGAAAAUCUCAGAUUUUUCGUACAAAUCAUAUGCUUGGCACCCAAGGUUUUACAGGUUCAGCACACUGGGCUCCCUUCAAAUUUCCCUAGAGCACAGCCUUGGUUUAUGUGUAUUAUUGCUGACUUACUUUUGAAAUCAAGAACAAGGGACUGAGUGUAGCAUGGAGAUAGAGACUAAAGUUUUGCUUUGUAUGUAACUGAGAAUUACUGAAUUCAGAACACAAGAAGAGAAAUUCCAUGUUUUGAUCCAGUUGCAAGUUCAACAACUUUACCUUUCAUGUUGUUGUGCAUACUAUAGUAUUUUUGUGGUCUUCAGCUUUGACAAAUGUCAAUUUUUGUUGGUGAAUAACAUUUUUCUUUCAUUUAACAAAAAAUGGAAAUUUAAUUGUCCUGGUUACAUAAGAUUUUUCAUUCCAAUUUUCUCAGCCACUAAGCCCAUCAGAACUUAUCCAGGUGGUUGGUAAAUAUUCAGAAUCACACGAUGUUAGUUCUGAUAAUGGUGAUGAUUCUGAUGAUUCUGAUGAUGGCAAGGAGGUCCAACUGUCCAAUGACUCCAGUGGAAGUGAAGCUGAUGUUGAAGGAGAAAUGCCAUCUGGGGAUAGUCUUUCAUCACUGAGCCAUAGCUCUUUUGGAACUGAAUUUGCAGUUGCAGACAAUCAGGUAAAGAAAUAAGUUGCCUGGAGAUGCAGGGCUCAAAGUUAGCGACUAACUGGUCGCAUAUGCUACUAGAUUUUUGGUUGUGCGCCUAAAAAUUCAUGUGUAAUUGCACCUGUGCACCAUAAAACCCAAAGCACAGUGCGAUUGACUUACCUCCGACUAUACUUACGAACUCGAACUAGAAAGACGGUGGACGAUCAUGUCGAACAUUCAGUUUUAACGUCAAUCAAAACAAAAACAGUGCGGAUUAAGAGCCUUCUUUUCCAGGUAAGAAAGUUUUUUAAGUCAUAUCCCAGUUCCAUGUUAGUCACUGCGCAUUUAACAAAUUCAUUAAAGAUUAAUUUUCAAUCUUGUUCGACACACUCAUUGUUGUCAGUUUUGAAUUGUUUUCAAGUGUAAGUUUUCUUUAGUCACAACUGUACUGUCAAAAAGAGAAAUAAGUAUGAAAAAUCACAACGGUAUUACUGCGUAGCAAAUCGGCUGUGUUUUAUCAAUCACAGGACUGAAGUAAAAGUAACAAACUGAAGUUGACAAAUAAACGUGGCACUGUUAAGCUUUUUACUUUUUCUUUUGAAAUAGAUGCUCCCAACAUUAUAAGCUGUGCUCCUAAAAUUUCGGCAAUGCGCCUAAAAAUUUACAUCUGGUAGCACAAGUGCUUCCAAACUCAAAUUUAAACUUUGAGCCCUGAGAU